CCGUACCCCGCCCCCCAGCCGGAACACCUGAAGGCGGAAACCCCGUCUCGAGGAAAGGACGACUGGAGCAGCGGCUACCAGAGGCGAUGGCGAUGCCCGAGGCCCACGGGGAGAAGCUGCGGUCCCCGGCGAGGGGAUCCGCGGGGGGCUCCACCGUGGCGGCAUCGCCGUCAGUGCCCCCCGCCGAGGCCGUGGAGUGCCGCGUGUGCGGGGACCGCGCCUCGGGCUUCCACUACGGCCUCCACGCUUGCGAGGGAUGCAAGGGCUUCUUCCGCCGCACGCUGCGCCUGGCGCUGGUCUACCCGCGGUGCACGCGCGCCUGCACCGUGCACAAGAACAGCCGCAACAAUUGCCAGUACUGCCGCUACCAGAAGUGCCUGCGGCUCGGCAUGUCUCGCGACGCGAUUCGGUUUGGCCGCAUGCCGCCCAGCGAACGAGACCGCAUCCUGGCCGAGACGGCGCCGGAGGCGAGUGGCGGCCCUGGCGGCGGCGGUGCUGGCGAUGGCAGCGGCAUCGAGAGCGGCGGCGGCGGCGAGCGGAGCUCCCCGUCGCCGGCCGAGGACGGGGAGGAGGCACUGGCGGCGCUGGCGGCCCACGUGCAGGCCGCCUACCGCCGUACGUUCCCGCUCACCAAGGCCAAGGUGGAGGACAUCCUCCGGGACCUGGAGUCGGUGUUGAUCGUUCGGGACAUGCGGUCCUUCGCGGAGUUCGGCAAAAGCAUCGGACUCACUCAGCUGGUAGCGCCGAGCGAGCGCGACCCCUCGAUGGAGGCGAUGCUCCGGGAACAACUGCAGGCGGCGCCCGGACAGGAGUCGGGUGCGGCGGCGGCGGUGCCAGGCGCGGUGCAGCUGGUCCACUUCUUCAACCGGUUUCAGUACCGCAUAGCCGACGUGGUGCGCCAGGUCACAGAGUUCGCCAAAGCCAUCCCGGGGUUUGGCGCCAUCGACAUCAACGACCAGGUGACGCUGCUCAAGUACAGCGUGUACGAGGCCAUGUUCACCAUGAUGGCGGGACACGUGCGGGAGGACGGCAUGCUGCUGGCAGGCGGCGGCGUCUAUAUCUCGCGACCCUUCUACGACGCCGUGCGCAGCAACUUCAACAGCAGCGACUCCAAGUUCGAGUUCUCGCAGCGCUUCAACGCGCUGGGCUUGCUCGACGACGACAUCGCCGUCUUCCUCGCCGCCAUCGUCCUCUGCGACGACCGUCCGGGCCUGGUGAACGUGGCGGCCGUGGAGCGGCUUCAGAUGCGCAUGCUGCAGGCGCUGGCGCUGCAGUUGCGCCGAGCGCACCCCCGCUGCCCCUUCCUCUUCCCCAAGCUGCUGCAGAAGCUGGCCGACUUGCGCCAGCUCGUCACGGAGCACGUGGAAUUCGUGGAGAACUACCGGCGCACGCAGGCGGGUGCCAAGCUGCACCCGCUGCUGCUCGAGAUUCUCACCGACAUGUACUGAGAUGCUCGCCGAUACUCACCAACUUGUAAAGAGAUACUUGCUGAUACUCACCGACUUUAAAUGUAUUCUUGAUGCACACGGGCAUGUGAACCUGAUGUAGAGACAUUGAAAUGUAUUGGAAUACCCAUCGACAUGGUACCAAGAUAGUAAUCAUGGAUACGUAGUGGAGGGCAGGAUGAGGGCAGUCGUGGCACUCCGCACUACGGGGCAAGAUUGUCCUCGGUUCGAUUCCCGACUCAGGCACUGCCGUGUUUGUAUUAUCUCCCCCUGGUUUGCAUGGGGUUUUCUGUGUUUUCUGGUUUGCUCCCACAGCUAACAAAAACGUGGAACUGGUAUUGGACCAAACAUCCCAAUGGUGAAAAAUUACCUGCAAAUUGAGAUUGCACUCUCCUGCAAACACUUGGCAGGACCCUGCUGUAAGGGCGUUGAGACUCAUCGAGGCUCCCCUGAGUAAGCGAGCAUAAAUAAAGUCAGACACCGAUGGGAACCUGAGCUAGCGCAACCGGCGUGCGUUAACAUGAUCGUGGUGCAGAGCACCCAUGGCUCGUGGACACGACGAAGCACAGACACGCGGCACCUACUGCUGGUGGUCAGAGGCCUUUGUCUCUCCGGGUUGCUGGUGGGCACCAGGUAGUAGCCACCGACGAUAGUCGGAGUGGUACUGAAUGUGGUGUGCCGGGUGACGCGUGGCAAAAGAGAUGACUGGCAGACGUUCCACCACCGCUUGGUCUGUGCCGGCGUGCGAGUUGACAGCGUUGGCAGUAAUCCCUUUGGCUCCACUCCAUGAUGUUUUCAUCCUCUCGACACGUCCUUCUUUGUCUUUACUCUUCCUGAUCUGUAGUAGUCGAAUAGUACAGCAGCCCUUUGUCAAGUAAUCCACUGCUGGAUGAAGGCCUCCGAACACCGCCGAUGGAACGAACUUUGCCUACACUGGUCGACGUUGCUGCAUUGGCCCGGUGACCAACACAGGAACUGCCACGGCCAAGGGUUGAGAUGCUGGCAUGUACCCGACCCCACCGCCGCCGGUCUUAAGCCAUGGCAAGACACUCCACAGAAGCCCCUUUUAUUAAACCAACCCUAUACAUGGAACUGUUAGGAUCACACCACGAAUACUAUAAACGAAGAUUUCACCGCGAACUCGGCGGCCGCUUCAUAGUAAAAUGCAGGCGCUGCGCCACGAGCUUCAUAAACACAGCAGCAACGACGCCAAUAAAAGGAUAACCACCACCACCACUCGCAUGCAGACACCAUGCCGCUAUGUACAAAGUUUACACAGACCACCUUCCAGUUCGUGAACCUCGUUUGCUUUCGAACGUCUUUUCGUGGAAAAGUAUGAAAUAAAAACGCACUUAAUUAUCCAUCGCUUUUUUCCUAAUGAAAAUGAGCAUGGCAUCCGAUGUGUUU